AUUCGUGUGGACCUACAAAACAAGACUCGGGAAAGUAAUAAUUGUUUUGUCUCUUCCAGUAAAUGUGGAUGAGCCAUGAUUUGACUCUUGACCCUUCCCCCUGGACCCGAUGUUCUGAUGAUGGUUUUUUUUUCUUCUUCAAUGUUGUGACAAAAUUCUGAUAAUUUCUCAUUUUUAAACCUUUUCAAUCUUCAGAGCUGUAAAUCUGAAAACACAUUCAAGUGCACAACUGAUCAGAUCCAUUUCAGAUGUUGAUAGCCCGACAGAAAAGAUUAAUUAGAAUCUGAAAACCACAUUUUGUCUUUGUCACAAGAAGCACCAAACUAGUACAGGAGUGGAUGAUUUACAUAAGUUUGUUAGUUUCAAUGUAAAAUUUUGUUGCUAGUUAUUAUAUCAAAACACAAAAGUGUAAAACAAAUAUUAAAGGUCAUAUUUCAUGUAAAAUCCACAUUUUGGAGCUUUUGACCAUGUUUUGUUUUUAUUUCCACAUGAAAAACAUCCACAAAGCAUUUUUUGUCAUCACACAUGCAUUUUUCUGUAACAGCUGCUUCUUUCCUUCAGUUCUUCAAAAUUUUGCUGAGCUUUUGAAUUCAGGUGGACGAGGUUGUUGUUGCGUCACCAUCCCACUCCUCCCCACAUAGGUAGUCUCUCGAGUCCGGAUCCCUCCUCCCCUGGACUGUAUGCCCAGUCUCUCAGUGUCGCUAGCAAGGAGUUUAAUCUCCACAGUCUGGAAGAAGUGAUUUCUUUCUUAUCUAAUCUGCACUUUAAAUAAAGCCUAGAACCCAAAAAUGGAUUUUUGCCUGCAAGAGGAACAGGAGAAAUGGUUGGAUUUUAUCUUCAGGAGCUCUCAAAAACCAAGGCAGAAUAUGUUAAACCAUCACCAGUACCAGACUCGUUUUUCAAAUGGAUUAUUUCUUCAAACCAGUGCUAUUCCACUCACAACCAAAAUGCUAACCGCUAGCUGAAUGGUUAUAAAGUUUGGUGGGUGCAGCAUCAGAGACAAACUGGGACAAACUGAUUGGAGCUGGAUAUCUGCUACCAUGUCAGCUGCCUUUUCUUCAUUUGAGUGGUGUGUGUGUGUGUGUGUGCGUGUGCAAGUGGGGCAUGAUGGUGAAUGUGCAGCAAGCCUGAAUCUGCUGUCUCCAGAUCUGCAGCUGAGUACUAUUGUGAAAUUCACUGGGGAGGUGGGGUUUGAUCAAAUCCAAGCAUUUAAUUUCCAGGUAGAAUUAAGGAGUCACAAAAAUAACCUGUAUUCCAUAAAAAAAAUGACAUCUCAAUAGUGCCAUAUAUCAUUCCUACUGUUGCUAUGGAAGGUUUAAUAUAGCAGGAUACACCCCCUUAAAACAACCUCCAUUAUAUGAAAAGGAUGUCAGACUGCAAAUGUUACCGUUUUCCAUUACACUUACAUUUGAAAUUUGUUAUUUAUCUGGCUGAAGCACAUUUUUCUGCCACCAUUAUUCAUUAUAUUAUUUUGCUUUAUUAGUUUCCUGUCUCUUGCUCCACACACAUGAAUGCAAAAUGUCAUGCCUACCAAGUAUCGACACAGGUGGUUAGAUCAACCUCCUUUUGACAAACCAGCAAAGGCUCAGUACUAACACUCUCACUUCCAUACUUUUGUGUGCAGACAUGAAUAUUUCAAUGGCCCAGUCCCAACACCCAAACUGCAGUCUAUGGUCCAAGAAGUUCACUUGGAGGACGUGCAGGCUUCUAGUGUGUAGUAAACAAGUCUGCAAAUUACUGUAGAUUUGGAACAGUGAGGAUUGCGUCUUCGACGUGACUUUGUACAUGGGGACGCCACUCGCUGUCUGUGCUAAUUUGCUGCUUGAAAUGAUAAUAAAACUGAAUGAAAUUAAACAAGUGAUAAAAGCUACAAUGGACAAUUUUUGCAUUUACACUUGAAAAUCCAUCAUUUUGAAAAGGGGUGUUUUUAAUCUAAAGGAUUUGUAACCUGGAAUUUCAGAGAAUAGUAAAAGUAAAUCCUCUUAAUUGAUUUUAUUUUGCCCAAAUUUAAAUAAAAACAAAUGAAGCUGAAAUUGUGACAACGUGACUGAUCGGAGCAUCGUAGAGAAAAGCAAUUUAAAGUAAUCUAAUCUACCUUAAAAACACAGGCUAGCUUGACACGAUUUGAAAUCAUCACAAAGCCAAGAAGGCUCAUUGAGACUUAACUCAGGAUCAGAUAAGAAUGAAUAGCAUAACUAAAACUUCCUUUAUCUUCAUUAAGUCUUAGUUCUACCAUCUCUCAUUAUUAUUUUUCAUACUGAUGGAGGUCAAGUCAUGACAGGGCAGGAAAAGCUUGCAAUGACAGCAUUUUAUUUGUUUUGUUUACAGCUAAACAACAAUUCUCUUGGGGUGUGGUACUUUUUCACAGCACUCUCACACACAUGCUCACACUUUGACACACUGACCUACUUUCUCUGAACCCGUGCACAUAGGAUCUUGUGCUCACAGCAAACGGAUCAAGUCUGCAGUUAGUAGUAGUUCAGUAUUUGAAAUGUGCAUGCUCCAACAGAGAGACUGCACUAACCAGAGGGAGUCUUUAAAACACAGAAAGGCUGGGUUGGCUUUGUUUUUGUGCUGUUCAUCUCCUGUUGCUGCAGAUGUAUAGUCUGCGUCUGUGCAGCACGGUGGGAGAGUGAGAAGCAGAUCCAUGUUUUCCUGAGCUCACGUGUACCCGCUGCAUCAGUCGCCAAGCUGUCACUGAAGUAAAGAGAGCUUAUUAUGGGAGCAGCCCCUGCUGUCCUAUAUCAGCAGCAGCCUGCCUCUCUGCACUCACCUUCAGUCAGGGCGAUCUCGGGCUCCAGAAAGCAAGAUCUCUGAUCAGAGUAAUGCUUUUACUCCUGUCAGCGAUCGUGCCUGUUUCAAAAUGAAACGAAGAAGAACCUCGAACCUCACAUCCAAAUGCCACACCUUCCCCUCCCAUAAAGAACCAGCCAAGAGACAGAAAAGACCGACAUCCAGUUUGACGCCAUUUCCAGUGCGAGAUUGGGGUAACCUCCCCCAUCACGUGGUUCUGCAGAUCUUCCAGCACCUGUCUCUGGUUGACCGAGCGCGGGCCUCGUCUGUGUGCCGGUGCUGGAACAGCGUGUUUCACACCCCUGACCUGUGGAGGAGGUUUGAGUUUGAGCUGAAUCAGCCGGCCACCUCUUACCUGCGCUCCACCCACCCAGACCUCAUUCAGCAGAUCAUCAAGAAGCACGCACAACACCUGCAGUACGUUAGCUUCAAAGUGGACAGCUGCACCGAAUCUGCCGAGGCGGCCUGCGAUAUUCUCUCCCAGCUGGUGAAUUGCACCAUCAAGACUCUGGGUCUGAUUUCUACAGCUCGGCCCAGCUUCAUGGACGUGUCCCAGGCCCACUUUGUGUCAGCGCUAACAGUCGUGUUUGUGAACUCCAAGUCCCUGUCCUCCAUCAAGAUUGAUGACACACCAGUGGACGAUCCAUCCCUGAAGGUGUUGGUGGCCAACAACAGUGACACCCUGAAGCUGCUGAAGAUGAGCAGCUGUCCACAUGUCUCCCCCGCAGGGAUCUUGUGUGUAGCCGAUCAGUGCCAUGGCCUCAGAGAACUGGCGUUAAACUACCACCUCCUCAGUGACGAGCUCCUGCUCGCUUUAUCCUCUGAAAAACAUGCCCAUUUGGAGCAUCUCCGCAUUGAUGUGGUCAGCGAGAACCCCGGCCAGACGCACUUCCACACCAUCAAGAGGAGCAGCUGGGACGCUUUGAUCCGACACUCGCCUAAGGUCAACAUCGUCAUGUACUUUUUCCUUUAUGAGGAGGAGUUUGAGCCCUUCUUCUGUGAGGAAACUCCGGUCACACACUUGUAUUUUGGGCGGGCGGUGAGCAAAGAGAUGCUGGGCCGCAUCGGGUUGAACUGCCCUCGCCUGGUAGAGCUCGUGGUGUGCGCCAAUGGCCUGGAGCCGCUGGAUGAGGAGCUGAUCCGCAUUGCAGAGCGCUGCAAGAGUCUGACGGCCAUUGGGCUGGGGGAGUGCGAGGUGACCUGCAGCGGGUUUGUGGAGUUUGUGAAGAUGUGCGGCGGUAGGCUGACGCAGCUGUCGAUCAUGGAGGAGGUGCUGAUCCCUGACAGCAGCUACAACAUGGAACAGAUCCACAGCGAGGUGUCAAAGCACCUGGGUCGCAUGUGGUUCCCUGACAUGAUGCCGACCUGGUAGACUGAUGCAAAACGGAGGGAUGGAGUAUGGACCAGACAUCACCUAAGGACAAGAUCUCUUAAAAUAAGACACAUGUUAAAUGUGAACAUUUCUGUGUUUGAUAGAAUAUUUCUGAGUGUUUCAGGUCACUUUAAGGCUCAAAAGAAAAAAUCGGUCACUUUUUCCCCACAGAUACACUUUUACUAUUUGCUGUUUUGGACGGUGACAGUCAGGUGUUUGCUGUGUCCUUAGAUAACUGAACACUGAAUCAUUUCUGUCCAUCCAUGUUGUCUUUCUACAAACUGAUAUUAUUCCUGUUUUCUUGUUAUGUCCCUUCAUGUCAGUGAGAAUCUAAACUGACAGUUGAGUAAGGCUUCCAUCUGCUGGCUGCUAAUGUUAAAUACAUCUCAUUUGAUCAAAUUGUUCUGAAGAAGCCAUUUUUACCGCCAUCUUAAGACAAAUCCAACCUCCUACAGUUCUUAGCAGUCAAUGCUAAAUUAUUUUUGUAAAACUUCCCAUCAGCAGACAUACGGAGACAUUUUUGCUAGACUCGACACCUGGAUGCACUGGAGACUUUUCACUUGGCUGAACUGAAGCCUAAUUUAUGCUUCUCUGCCUGCGUCGUCGGGGAGACACAUGACGAGGGCUCUCCAACAGGUUUACAAGGACGGGCAGAGUGGAGCCCACAUUUAUGAACAUCUGUUUAACGAGAUGGAGCACACAAGCUUGUGAUUGGUCAAGAUGCCGCUUCCUUUAAACUCAAUAACAGCACCGCUAUUUCCCCCUCAAAAAAUAAAAAGAGAGCUGAAGAUAUCUAGGGGCAGACAUGGAGCCACUUGAGGAAUUCCUCACAGAAAAACUCUGGAAAUGUGAACGUUUUAUUCGCCCGUGACUGGAGGAGUAAAGAUGUGCAGCAAGAGUUUUAUUUAUGGAUGGAAAUGAUGGGAAACGUGGGUUUGGAGGUGGCGAGCGCCUGAAGAGGUGGAGGAGAAUGAGGGACAAUUUUGUCCAUGUGAAGAAGUCUCUGAAAUACAAGAAACACAAUAUAAACAUUAUAAAUCCACCAGAUACAUGACAGAAUACCCCAGAACAGCACUAGGCCCUCUGUUGUCCUGGCAGGGAAUUACUUUUCAACACUCCCCAGGUGAUGGAGUAGUCCGAAGAUAAAACCUCUCCAUCAAUGUGUGUGCGUCUCUCCCUCCUGAAGCUGACAGAGAAGCAUAAACUAGGCUUUAGACGAGCUCCUUACUUACCAGUCCCCAUUGCUUUUUCUCAGAACAGAGGCUGUUCAUGAAGCUAUCUACAAUGGGCAUGAUAGGAAGACUAGGUUUUUACACACACACACACACACACACACACACACACACACACACACACACACACACACACACACACACACACACACACACACACACACACACACACACACACACACACACACACACACACACACUCCCUUAAAUUUUGCAUUAGGUGUGUAUUUUUUCUGCACAUGACUCUCCUGGACUCUGGCUAAUCGCUCUAGCUGCGGUGAUGCCAACAGAGCACAGGUGUUUCUAAAGUCAGACCUCCGUGCAGAACUCAACGUGUACUCUGCAUUUUGCUGAUUUGUUUUGUGGACUUUUGUGUUUUGCUGUGAACUAACAUUUCAUUUCAUUUGUAAUUCUUUUACAUUCAAAAGCUUGAAAUACUUUUUGAAUGUUUGUUUUUAUGACUAUACACACCUACUGCUUUUCCCUCCUUUUAAACUCAGACUCUGGUUUUCUUUGGUUCACUUUUGCUAUUAUUUGCCUUUAAAGCGUAAAAAUAGACAAAUAAUAGCGAGUCUUGAACCAAAACAUUAGCAGCACAUCCACGGAUGUAGUUUUUUGUAUAUCUUAUUUUAUUUGGGGGGGGGGGGGGGGGGGGACAUAUCCCCACCACUUUUUCCAAAGUGAAUUUUUGUCCCCUGCACUUUAUAUCAUCCAUAACAAACAUUACACUAUAUUACAUAGACACUGGUUAAGCACUCGGACCAAACAAAAAAUAAACAACUGCUUGUGUUGAAGCCUGUUUCCCAUUAGAACCAUCCAUCUCAUCUAUUGGCUCCGCAGAUACUUGCCAACAUGUGAUUGGCCGUUCCUGCCACCUGUGUACUUGACUGUCUGCAGUCCUGCCACUCCAUAAGAGACUGUAGUUUUGUACAUAUUCUUUGUAUACUUACUGUAAAGAUAGCAUCCACCCCCCCCACCCCCAGUCCUCAUACCGGUUGUGUCCCCCCACUUCUAAAGUCAAAACUACGUCCAUGAGCACACCCUUUGUGGAGCUGCUGUCCUCUGAGAGUGGGCUGCACCAGAAGUGUUGUUGCCUAGAGGGAAUUGUGAUGGGUGGAAAGCUUUCAGAAAACAUCCAGGAUGACAGAAAACAUGUUCAUAAAGGUGUGAGGCAUUGUUAAAGCCUGUCAGAUGUAGUGUUGCU